AUGCCUUUGAAAAGAACGCCAUUCUCAUUCAUUUCUGAUAUAAUUACAAACAUAAAAAAUGGAAAUAACAACGACGAAGUGACGAUUGUGAACAGACAAAAUUCCUAUGAGCAUAUAAAGGAAUUUAUCAUAAGCGAGUUAGGUAACUUUAAAAUAAUUAAGGUCUUAUUGAGGGGACUUUCCAGCACUGUGUGUUUGUGUGAAUGGAUAAUUGACUGCAGAAAGACAGUCGCUUUGAAAAAUUAUGUUAAGUAUAUAAAUCAUGAUAUUCUAAGUUGGAACAUAAGAAUUGAAGAAUCUAAUGAGACAGACACAGGAAAUAGUAGCUCUGAAACGGAAGGAACGGUCAACAUUUGCCCGUGCUGCGAAAGGGAAGUACAUGGCCUGGUGUAUAUGGAAAAAGAAGAACAAAAUGGAAAGGACAAAUUAAGGAAGUGCAAAAAUCAUGGUAUAGACGAUUGGGAAGAAGAGAAGGAAUGGGAGGAAGAAUUCCCUCUCGAGUUUAUCAGCCGACAAAGACAAAAUGACAACGUGGAUGAUCAUACCAAGGGAGAAGAAUGUAAUCAGAAACACUACUGGCAAGACAUUAAAGAUGAGACGAGUGAACAUAAAAAGCUACAUUUAGUAUUAAAGGUAAAGCACAAAGAAUUGUAUUACAAACUCAGAGACAUAGAAGAAUUAAGAGAAGAAAUAGAAAUACAUAAAAAAUUGAAACAUUGUAAUAUUUUACAAAUGAUAUUGAGUGCAGAAGAUGAAAACGACAUUUGGGUUCUUCUAGAAUAUUCGUCCAUUGGAGAUUUAUACUCCUAUGUAGGUUUUAAAAUCCUGGACGAAACGGAGGUGAAAAUAAUUGUCAGCCAAAUUCUGUUUGCUCUUUAUUAUCUUCACAUUAAAGGAAUCAUACAUUGUGAUAUAAAGCCACAGAAUCUGCUACUCUUCCAUCUGGAGGAGUCUUUCCUUUUUGAGUCGGAUUUUCUAUCCGACCCGGAAUUGUCACGUACUGUUAAGGGGAAAAAAUUGAAUAUUAAAAAAUUGCUUAAUUCGAUUAAUGAAAAUAUCGCCAAACAUCCGAAUGACAAGACUUUUAGGAGCAUCGUGAAAAUUGGCGACUUCGGCUUAUCCGUCAGGUGUCCCUUUGAUGAAUUCUACCCAUAUCGCGGGAUUCGGGGCAGCUAUGGGUUCAUCGCCCCCGAGUUGUUCCAAGAGUCCAACUUUAACAACAAAGUUGACAUGUGGGCAUUGGGCAUAAUAAUCUACAUCCUUUUAGGAGGCUAUAGACCCUUUUACCCCUGUUCUAGGUUUGAGGAAAAGGUAACAUUCCACGAACGAUACUGGUUUAAUAUAUCCUCGGAGGCAAAGAACUUUAUUCAGUCUCUCCUCCAGAUUAACCCGUCCAAACGUCUGAACGUUAUUGAAGCUAUCGACCACCCCUGGAUAAACAGCUACUUUAUCAGCACGUGA